AUGAUUCAUGUGCUAAUGGGCGUUUGGUGUCGCCGCAACACCACCCUUGGCCUCCGCCCUCGUGCUUACUUCGAUGAUAGUCGGGUCAGUUUUCCAUCUGACAGUGUAGAGGCGGCCACAGCUGCAUGGCAAGAGGUGCAUCUCUUUGACCGUCUGAGUGGCCAAGAGACCAACACGCGUAAAUCAUUCGCUGUUGUGCCUAAGCCGUCGCUCUCACAGACGGUUCAUGUAGCCACGGACGGGACUCUUGAGGUUCGAGAAGAAGCCAAAGUCGUUGGACACCAGGUUGUUGCUGGUAAGCUAAGAAGGAUUGCGGUUAGUGAAGAACGGGCUCAAACCUGCGUUGACACUUUGCAGAAAAUCCGCUCUGUUGGUGUUGCUCCGCGAGCUGCCGAGAAGUAUGCUGUCACUAAGGCCAUGAAGCAAUUCGUGUACGGAUGUGAGGUCGGUCGUCCUGCAGCGCAUUCCUGUGAGAAGGUUCGAAACGCCAGUGCUGCCACCUUGUGGACUGAAGCGCGCACGCAAAGAAACCCCGAGGUUUUGUUCACUAUGCUGCGCAAAGGCCACCUGGUGGAUCCAGUUCAGGCGGUGCUCUUCCAGACUGUCAUGGGUCUUCGUAGGCUGUUUCUGAAACGACAGGAUCUCUAUGAGCGUGCUCGAGAACUUUGGCCACAGUGUCAGCAAGCAGGUAGUUCUCGCAUGGCUGGGCCAAUUCGCAACCUGGCUUUUCUGCUGAAGGAGGCUCAGUUACACUGGGUUGAUUUUGACACAGUCGCCUCCCGCCAGGACAGACGUCUGUUUCUUUGGAAGGGCAGUGGUUCGUUCUUGGCACACCGACUCCGGGAAGAGCUGCGUUGGAGCAGGUGGCAAAGCAUUACCCGUAAAGAUAUGGUUGGCAUCCAAAGCGAGGUCGGCGUCAACAUCUUUGCGACCACAUGCCUCCUUCGUGGAGGCAUGAAUCGUGUUGACCUUGACUGUUUGAUCCCCAACUGCCGGCAGCAGCUCACUCACUUCUGUGGCGGCUCCCUGUCGUGCUACAUGAAAGGUGUUCUUGAAGGCGUGCUUUCCGGUGCUACCACUGCCCGGUACCAGCUUGUCAAACAGCAACUAGCUUGCAGUGCGACGUGCAUUCAUUGCGACCGCAACGUUGAUGAGACCAAGGAGCACAUGUACUGGGAAUGCCCGGCUUGGGAUUACAUCCGCCGUGCCACUGUCGAGCAAUUUUGCCCGAGGGUAUGGGAGAGACAUCCGCACAUGGUUACUCGCACAGCUGGCAUCACCAUGUAUCCAGCUUGGGUCCUUGAGGAAUGGCAGCGUUUGGCUCAGAUGUCGCAGGUGCAACCUGCCACAGUCGAGUGGGCAAGCGCUCGGCACCUGCUUACAGAAGAACAACAUGGGAUCAUGGUCUGGACUGAUGGCAGUACCAGCCACUCCGGAGUCCCUGAACUGGUGCGUAGUGGCCUCGGUAUCUUCUACAAGCCUGGUUCUGCUCUGAAUUUUUGUGCUGCGCUGGCGGGUGAACUGCAAACCAACAAUCGUGCUGAGCUGAUGGCCGUUGUCCUUGCGGCUGAGCAGGGGGUUUCAUGGUGCCGUCCCAUGGUGGUGCAUUCGGACUCGUCCUGGGUUGUGAUGAGGGCUCGUACGCUGUCUACCCUGCAGUCUGUUCCUAAAUCGUGGGAGCAUUACGAGCUUUGGAUCCGGUUGUGGCAUGCUUGCAGCCAGAUUUCGUUGAAGUUCGUUUUCGUGCCAUCCCAUAUCUCGGUUGCUGACUGCGCUCAACAUGGUUUGACGCCUUCGCAGAUUGCAGGCAAUCAUGCAGCUGACGAGCUCGCGAAACGAGGUGCAGCACUUCACCAACAUCCUACUUGGACUGCACGGGUGCGGGAGUUUGGGCAGUUACUGCGUGACACCAUAUGGAUUCAGAUGUGCAUGAUGUGCAUUUGUGUUGCCAGAGCGCAGAAAGAAACUCAGAAGCCUGCGGUGACUACGCCUGCGGAUCACCAGCUAGUCUCACAAGGUUGGGCCCAGCUCCAGCAGCGACUCCUGCAGGCAGCAGAAAUGCAACCUACAGGAGGCCGUCGCUAUCGAGGCAAGGCCGCCCCCACUGGCUUGAAUGAUGGAGGCCCGCCUAACCCAGUCGAGCCUCCUGUUGAUGACUCCUCUCCACCUACCGGUGAGGUGCGUCGUCGUCCGAUUCAGGUCCAUGCUCUAGCGCUCAGGCGCGGUGCUCGCAUUGGUGAUGCUGUUUCCAUGGAGUGGCGUGAUGUUCCCAAACCAUGGCUGUUGGUUACCCGCGCUACGGGUUGCUCCACUCGCGAUGAAGGCAUGACACAGCAGCUUGGCGUGAAACCUUGCCUACUGCCCGCCAUGGAGUUUUACUUGGGCCGCCUUCAGUGGCCGGAGGGAGGCCGCAGCCAGGACAUAUCUUGGCUUGAACUAGCUAUUGAUUUCGAAGUUGCUACGGGGGUUUUGUUGGAGAUGCCUCGAGUCUCCCAUCCGAAGCACCUCGGCACUCGUGGCCGUGCUUUCUCAGCUGCGGCCUCUGCUGUCGGAAGAUAUGUUCGCCGUAGACCGUGGCCUGUUGGUUUGGGCUCGCAAACUGUGAACUGCUUGGGUCGUAGCUAUGGCCUUCCCCGCACUUCCGGCUUGGCUUGGAGGCCGCUGCUUCUCAACCCUGAGACGGUUGAACAUUUCUUCCGAGUGGCCGGAGAGGCAACGUAUGCCAGUGAUGCUGACUUCUUUCAACAGCAGCCCCCGCUGCUGGUGCCAUCUAGAGAGUCUGAGUGGGAUGCUAAGGUCCGCAGAGUGCCCAUUUACGUCAGGCGUGAAGAGCGGCGUGGACAUGAGGAGGAGGCUCAACUUCAGUGGUGUGUUCAGGUUGAUGCGGCUACGUCUGCUUCGAGUGCCCCGGCUGCAACCUCCCGCACGGUUUCCUCGAAGCUCUCCAAGAAGAUUACUGAUUGGGAAAAGAGACGCAAGCGUGUGGAUUCCCACAAUGAGAAGGCUGCGGAGCUCAAGCUCCAUUGGGUCAUCCUUCCAGAGCCACCUGAUCCUUCCUUGUCAGGUAAAGUCUAUUCCGAGCGUGUCAAGACCCUCAAGGUGCGAUGCGAGUGGUGCCAGCGCGAGAGACCACUGUCUGAUUUUGGGGAUUUCCUCCAACGUAAGUGCACUGCGUCUCGAGAGCCGUGA